AUGUUUGCCGUUGAAUCUGGAAUCGACCAGCGGAAACGGGCCCGUGAGGAGGAGGAACUCGCCAAUGGCAAUGGCUCGACAAGUUUUGGCGAGCACCGAAACAAACGAGUCCAGUGUCUCCCUCUUCGCACUUCGCCCCGAGCCUCGCAGCAAUGGCUCCCCUCGUCAGCCAUCACACCCCAAAGCUCCGACUCCGACGAGCACUACUCGCAACACAAUUUCUCGCAGUGGUCUUCGUCAACGGGAAUGCCACAGCCUCAAUCAUACGCCGACAUGGCUUUGAUGCAAGCCUCUCUCCAGCAGCAAGGUCAAUUCGGCCCCGAGUCUGACAACACCAACGGCCGUAUGCCGACUCCAAUUCAACCCAGCUUUGCUGCGCAGGUUAGAGGCCAGCAGUGCGAGUGGGCAGGACCUGGCCCGACUGUGACCACCAUGAACGGUGUUGUGAAUCUCGGUCAUCAGCCGACAGAUUUCACCGAUGAUCAGUGCGUCCCUCGUACCAUGGCUUCGGGUUGGCAAGCCGUCCAGAACAACCGACGCCUUCCCUCCCCCAUUUCAGAGUGCGACGACUCUAUGGGUGGCCAACCCAUCACACCCACCGUCAUGGAAUUUGACAUCAGCGCCCAGGGCAACCCCACGCCGGACAUGGAGCACCCCAACCUGCCUAUCGACUCUUCACCUUGCCACGAGAUGGAGCACCCUAAUGCGAUGAUGGACGUUGAGGCUCCUUCAGCUCAGUCAGGUGAUGCCGAGGGCGAUCCCACAACUCCUUCACCUCGGAGGAAUCACAUCCGCAACCGACACACAAUUAAUAAUUGGACGUGGCAACCCGGCAUGAAGAAGAGUUUCAGCAUAGGAUACCGAUCAGACUGCGAAAAGUGCCGUCUCAAGGUUCCUGGUCACUUCAACCACAUUAUCAUUGGCUAG